UCUCCGAGUUCAACCGGUAUCUGUUCAACUGCGGCGAGGGCACGCAGCGCGCCAUGCAGGAGCACAAGCUGAAGAUCUCCCACCUGGACAGCAUCUUCCUCAGCCGCGUGUCCUGGGCCAACGUCGGGGGGCUGCCGGGUAUGAUUCUCACACUGAAGGCUAUAGGGCUCCAGAGGUGCAUGUUCCUGGGGCCACCAAAGCUGCAAAACUACUUGAAAGCCAUUCGCCUCUUCCCCGGGCCCCUCAAAAGGAUGGACUUAGCUGUGCAGUUGCACACAGAGCCUGAGUACAAGGAUGAGACAAUGACUGUCUACCAAAUCCCUCUGACAGGAAGACCACUGGGUGCUGAAAGUUCAUCCCCCCAGAGUCCUGGAGCAUCUCCCAGAGGUGGAAAUAGCCCUGAAGGGAAUACAGGGCCUGGAUCCCCGAGAACUGCACAGCAAAGCUUGGAGGAAGGAAAAGAAAGCCCAAAGAAAGCAGGUGAUGAACAGAAGUGUGCAAGGGAGCAUCCUGAUCUGGUGACGGCUUUUCUUUGUAAAGUAAGUUUGGGCACAGUGUCUCUAAACCAGCCCAGAAGAGAUGAGAGAACAGAGUAUUUCAGGGGGAAGGGACAUAGAGUGAUCAUCUAUAAGCACAGGAUGAGUUGGGUUGGAAGAGACCUUAGAGAUAAUCUGUCUCUGUGCCCCUGUGGGCAGGGACGCCUUCCAUUAGAUCAG